CCAGCCACACAUCCCCUACGUUACUCCUCCUCCCAACGACCCACCUGUGGGUAUGGGUGUGUUUUGCUCGCUCGUCAAUCCGACUUUGCCCGAGGCGAGGAAGCCUGGUGCGGUCGGCCGCCCACCCCGACGCCGCCUGGAAAACAGCACCGCCCGCUCGCCUCACGCCGCCUGCCCGGCGCCGCCUCCUCCGGCGCCGCCCCGGAGGGCCAGCGUGCCGGUGCGCAGCGCGAGGUAGGACAGGAAGCCGACGGGGCCGAAGAUCGGAGCGUGAGGAAGAGGCAGGGCACCACCAGGGCGUGCGAGACCCGCUGCUGCUGGCUGUCCAGGACUAUGCCCAGGCCCACCAGGGGGUCGAAGACGCAGUAAUGCAGCCACCCCGCGAGCACCCCGUCGGGGUUGCGGAACGCGGUCACGAUGCCGUCGAGCGAGCCGAAGUCCACGGGGGGGGCGUCUGGCGCGGGGUGGGUCAGCAGGUGUACCAGCGCGGCCGCGUAGAGCAGGGCGUUGACGACGGGGGCGAUCAAUGCCGCGUACCGGGUGUACUCCCACCCGGGCAGGACGACCUCACGGGCGGCGACCGCAUUCACAUCCACGCCCUUGCGGUCUGGAUUCCGGGGCGCGAUCCCGCGGAUAGGCGGUCGCAGAGAUACGUCCCGCGCGGCGCAUCCGCGAAAAAGCUUCCCAUAUCCGCGGAGUCGCGGCCCAGGGGCCCGCGAGGCCGCGGAUACGGAUAUGCUAUUCGCCCACGCAGGCCAGGAGGAGCCAGGUGAUCAGGCUCAGGUUCGAGAGUGGGAAGAUCUCGGCGGCGCCGUAGCCAAAGAGCUGGAAGGGCACCCCCUGGGCCUGGCGCGCCGCGGUCCCGAACACACCCGACGCCGUCAUCGCUUUUUCGCGGCGUGGGCCCCCCGGGGGAGGUCUCGGCCCCCUCCCCGCAGGAUCAGCUGCUCGCCGCGCGUCGUUCCUCGACGGCGCCCUGGGCCCGAGCUGAGGAGCGCGCCCCUCCCCUGGUCGGCGGAUGGGCCCAGAGCGAACCGAAAAAGCAGGAGCGCAGCUCGAAGGAGUGCAGGGCGGACGCGCUGCGAGCACGCACGGCCACACCAGGAUGGUGAGCUGUGCCACCUUCUGCUCCCUCCCCCAUGCGGAGGAGGAGGAGGAGGAGGAGGAGGAGGAGGAGG